GGCAACACCUGCGCCAGCGGACGCCCCCACCGAGACUGCUCCAGGCUCGCGAUCCUGCACCGUCCGCCGGUCUCUCAAUCUGUGAAAAUUUUCUUUUGAAUUCGCACUCUCCUUUCACUUUCUUAGUUAGCCAAAUUACACAAUGAAGAUCGAAAUUGACUCCUUCUCCGGUGCUAAGAUCUACCCAGGUAGAGGUACCUUGUUCGUCAGAGGUGACUCUAAAAUCUUCAGAUUCCAGUCCUCUAAGUCUGCUUCUUUGUUCCAGCAAAGAAAGAACCCAAGAAAGAUCUCUUGGACUGUCUUGUACAGAAGACAACACAAGAAGGGUAUCACCGAGGAGACCAAGAAGAGAAGAACCAAGAAGACCGUCAAGCACCAAAGACCUAUCGAGGGUGCUUCUUUGGACUUCAUCAAGGAGAAGAGAAACCAGAAGCCAGCUGAGAGAAAGGCUGCUGGUAUCCAAGCCGGUACCAACGAGAAGGUCUCCAAGAUGGGCCAAAAGGGUGCUUUCCAAAAGGUUCACGCCACCUCCCGUUAAGCCUAGCAUUAACACCUUCCUCUGUACGAAAUCUAUCCGUUCUUGAAUACAACAAGUUCUAAUACA